AUGAUGCAGAGCAUCCAGGUAAACUCACCCAAGAAAGUGGUGCGGAUGCAAGGAGGAAGUGACGAAGAUGAAGAACACGAAAAAGAAGAAUACCUCAUCACAAACCUAACGGAAAGCAAUAAAAAUAUGCCCAGUCUUAUAGUCCGUAUUCCGAGCAACAUGAACAAAUUUUUAAGUAAAGAGGAAGUAAAAAUCAACUUUAAUGAAGAUAUUAAAGUACCUAAUAAAAAGGGGAGCAAAAAGUUGCGCUCCUUUAAGAUGGAGCCAUCUGCAACAGGCAGCUGUGAGCAAGUGAGUGAGAAGACCAUGGAAAAUACCUACGGGAGUCCGGAUGUCAGGGUGGACACUACGUACCAGUCGGACGGGACAGAUGGAGGGGCAACGCCUAGGAAUGGCUUCAUUCGCGAAGGGGCAGACGGUGAAAACGGUCAAAGAGACGAAAACAGCGAAAGCGGCGAUGAUGAAGAGGAAGACCAGGAGGAAGACGAAAUGAGUGAGGAACUCAUCAAGUCAUUCAAACAGAACUACGUGGAGAAGCACCAAACGGACUCCUGUAAUGAAAGCGUUACCUUCCUAAGAGAGCAUACAAAAAAUGAAUUGGAAUAUUUCCUUCAAAAAAGAAAGUUACACUAUUCAUACGAAAUGAAAAUAAAUGACAUUAUCAACAUCGACUAUGAUAAGCUGAACGAGAAAAAUAUCAUCCCGUACUUCUUAACCAACAUGUUCGAUGCAGAACAGAAGAGGAAGAGAGAAAAGUUGAAGCAACUGUUGGAGGCCAAGCGGAAGUGCCUGCUGGAAAGAUCAAAGAGGAGGUAUAACAACCAAAUGGAGAAGGGGGCCGCAGGGUGCCAGAAGGGAAAACCCAAACUCAGCUCCAAGGGGAGCAAACGGACGAAGGGGGAGAAGCUGCACAGCGCGAAGUUGAAAAAGGAGAAGGGUGCAAACGGAAAGGGGGGCCAAAAAGACAACAGCGAUUAUGACGAAAAUGACGACGAGAAUGACAACCAAGAUGACGACGCUGAUGACGAAGACGACGCCGACGGAGAGGACAUCUCGGGCAGGAAGGGACACUCCGAUGGGGGGGACGACACAUACGAGCCUCUCUCAACGCGCGUCAAGCGGAAAAACAAGCCUGGGGCGAAGCUAGUGGGGGUAAAAGACAAAAGGACGCGCACCAAAGAGGGAGACAAGCAGGAGGAUCCAUACCUGGACGACUUCGAUAAAGACGCCGACGUGGACAAUGAUGUGAACAUUUACAACGAUCCGACGCUGUACGGAAUCGAAGGCAGCAGUGACUAUACGGAGGGGCUAAAAAGCGAUUUAGAAAACUCCCAAGAAGAAGAAGCAAAGGAUCAACAACCGAUGGGGAACAUUUCAAAGGAACACAAAAAAAAAAAAAAAAUUGUGAAUAUAAAAGAAGUGGUAAAGCCCAGUUAUAAAAUAAAAUACUUAACCCCCUUUAUUCCCAUUGAGGAAAAUAUUGACAAUUUAGAUCACGUCCAAAAAUUGCAAUACCUGAUUAGGAACCUGCCGCACACACAUAUAAAAGAGAAGAGGUCUCUGUACCACUACAACAUUAAGCAGUUUAUCAAGUGGAAAGUUUACCUAAUGAAUAAUAUAAACAUUUGCCUCUACGGAGUAGGGUCAAAAUAUCACGUGCUGAACCUGUUUAGCAACAUAUGCCUAAAUGACGGCAACAAAUGCAUUGUGUUAGGGUUCGAAGAAGAAAUAGACUUUGAAGAAAUUCUAACACGCAUAUUAGAAUACCACUAUAGGUACAAAACAUCCAAAAAUUUAAAGUCAUUUGAUUUGCUCUACGAAUUAAUCCACAAAGUAAAUGAGAUUAAUUUGCCCCUCUAUUUUGUUAUCCAUAAUAUAGAUAACGUAAAAUUAUACCCCUACUAUGAAUACUUUUCUUUUAUGAGUCAAUAUGAUAAUAUUCACUUCGUUUGUUCCAUUGAUGAUGUUUCCUUUGAGCUUAAUAUGAACUUUAAGAAUAUCAGCUCGAUUAAUUUUCAUUAUGUGAAGUGUCACACGUGGUUAGAUUACCGUCACGAAAUUUUGAGGCAGUGGAAUAAGUUCCUCCCUGAAUGGGUCUUCAACAAAAAGUGCGAAGAGGUAGACGUGAAGAAUAACAUAGAAACUAUAUUAAACGCGCUUAGUAUAAAUCAUAAGAGACUCUUUAAAAUCAUUGCAUCCAUCCAGUUGGAAAAUCUGGAAAAGGGCAUCUACGGGGUGGAGAAAGAGUCCUUGCUCCAGGACAAGCGAAUAUUUACCGUAGGAGCGUCCAGCAUCAGGAUAAAUUCCCUUCUUGUCGAGUUCGUGUCCCACAAUGUUAUCACCGAAACGAGGCUCAGGGAGGGUAACACCCUCCUCAAAAUAAAUGCAGACAAGGAAGAGCUCAAGAGGGUCGCCGAGCAGUUGUGA